GUACCCAGAGGCUGGGAUGGGAGCGCUGGCGAGGCUCUCAUUAGUCGGCCACUCGGGGAGGGGCCGAGCCAGGUCACGCCAUUAAACCGGCUCUGGUCUCCGCGGCUGCCGCGUUACCUCCCUAGUGCGACAGGUGUUUGCGCUGCGAGUUUACUGAGCCUCAACUUGAGUGUCCACGUCCGGCACGAAGAUGCGCGCGCCCAUCCCAGAGCCCAAGCUUGGAGACCUGAUUGAGAUUUUCCGCCCAUUCUACCGACACUGGGCCAUCUAUGUUGGUGAUGGAUAUGUGGUCCAUUUGGCCCCACCAAGUGAAAUUGCAGGAGCAGGUGCAGCCAGCAUUAUGUCUGCCCUGACCGACAAGGCCGUGGUGAAGAAGCAGCUGCUGUAUGACGUGGCCGGGACAGACAAGUACCAGGUCAAUAACAAACACGAUGACAAGUACAGCCCGCUGCCUCCCAGCAAGAUCAUCCAGCGGGCCGAGGAGCUGGUGGGCCAGGAGGUGCUGUACAAGCUGACCAGCGAGAACUGCGAGCACUUUGUGAAUGAACUGCGCUAUGGAGUUCCCCGCAGCGACCAGGUCCGGGAUGUGGUCAUGGCCGCGGGCAUCGCAGGAGUGGGCUUGGCAGCCAUGGGCUUGAUCGGGGUCAUGUUUUCAAGAAACAAGAGACAAAAGCAAUAAGCUGGAAUGACUGUCCCAUCAGCAAUGCCUUUAUACGUGGGCGGGGGGGGGGGGGGGAGCUUGUUUUGCAGGAGUUCAGGGCUUAGUUUGUGGAUUUCAUUCUGCUUUUAUACAAGGCUUAUUUUCCCAGAAUAAAGCACCCAAGGGAGGGGUGUUAUUGGAGGAAAUGGAGCAAGCCACCCACUGUGAAAUCUGUGUGUGGGGUGAGUGGGUGGGGUCAGGGUGGGGAGGGACCUCUGGGCUGCUACUAUUUGCUGUGAGCUCUGUUCCUCUGAUUGAGGCCCAGCACCAUCUUUUCUGGUUGGCUAAGGUGGCUCUUGCAUUCCCAGUGCCAAGUUUCUGAGAGAGAAUCUGAUUGGCUCAGCCCACCAACUAGCUCUGCCAACCCAUUGGCUGUCUUUGAGCAGAUCACCUCACUCAGCCAAUAACUGCCUGUUGGCUUGAGGUCACAUGGCAUGAGCUGUGCCCAGACUUUCAAAGGUUGAGGGGGUAAACACAGCCCGAGGGACAUAGGGCAAGCUCAGGGAAAGGGAUACAAAAGGUGUAGACCUUCAAGCUAACCGUGGAGGAAGAGGGAAGCAGGAGAAAGCAAAUGCAGGAAAAAGUCAAACCAGGAUGCUCAGUUAAGUUAAAAACAACCCAGCAGGAAAAACUAACCUUUCAUAUAAUGCCAUGGAUAGAACUAAGAAAUCCGAGGAACUAUUUCAAAUACUUUGGUAAUCACAAUAAGAGUACAUGGAAGAUGCUGGCAAAGUGAAGGGUAAGUGUCCCACUGGCUGAAGAGACUACCACAGAGAACAUGGUCCACAGCCAACACCCUUGACAUGCAAGGGCACAGGAAUAUUCCAUGACAGCUGUUCAGGUUCUUUAGAAACUUUAUAUGAUUAAGGAGAAGUGAGGAUAUAUGAAAACUAGGGUCAGGGAAGUGUUGGAAGGAGAACAUUAAAAACAAACUACAAUUCAAGGCGACUGGGAAAGUUUGAGUAGGAACUGGGUAUUAAUAUGGAGGCAUUAUUAAUUUUACUAAAACCUAAUAACAGUGGUGUUAGAUGUAUAUAAAAAUGUGCUCUAAUAAAAAAAUUAAUGCAGAUAAAAAUGGCAAAACAAUAUGCUCUAAAUGGAACCAGCGAGUGCGUGGUUGGUGGGUACUCAUUGCCCUAGAUUUUCUAGUACUUCUUGCUGUUCGUAUGUUAAAAGUUUUACAUAGCAAACAUCUUUAAUAAUAUAUAAAAUUUGAAAAUUUAUAUAAAACAAUACUCUUGAAUCUACUUUAAGAAAACCACAUAAUCUUAAAGAAUUAAAUCUCAAGGUAUACUAUGCAGAGGUUGGUAUGAUGGCUCAGCUGGCUAAUCCUCCACCUGCAUCCCAUAUAGGCGUGUGUUCAUGUUGCAGCUGCUCCACUUCUAAUCCAGCUCCCUGCGUAUGGCCUGGGAACGCAGUGGAGGAUGGCCCAAAGCCUUGGAUCGGCAUCCAUAUGGAAGACUGGAUGAAGUUCCUGGCUCCUGGCUUUGGAUCAGCUCAGCUCUACCUGUUACAGCCCUUUGGGGGAAUGAACCAGCAGAUGGAAGAUCUUUCUGUCUCUUUUUGUAAAUCUGCAUUUCCAAUAAAAAUAAAUAAAUCUUUUGGUUUUAAAAAA